AUGGAAACUGUUACUUCAAAUAGUCUUAAUCUACAAUCAUCACAUUUUUCAAUAACAUCUAUACUGGAUUCACAAAUAUGUUUAUUAGAUAAUAAUAAUAAUGGUAAUAAUAUGACUGAAGAACUUAACACUGACAAUAAUCAAUUGGAUACAAUUGAAAAGAUUGAUGAUAAUUUAACUAAUAUUGCAUUGUGUGAAACAUUUUGCUCAAAUCAAAAGGUUAAAAACCUAUCUACACCAACAGAUACUAUUCAGGAAGUGAAUCAUAAUAUUGACUGUAUGAAUAAUACUUCAAUAAAUAACAACCCAAGUAAAAUAAAGAUUUCAACCACAUCAUCGUUACAAUCAUCAAAUUCGUCAUCAACUACUACUAAAUUAAUCGAUCAUAGUAAUAUGGAUAAGUCAUUAUAUUUUAAUACGAUCGAAAUGUUGCACAGAAUGUUAACAGAAACAACAAAUCCUACCAUUUUACUCGAUCUCAUAAGGAAAAUGUAUUCAGAGAAAAAUGAAAAAUCUUUAACACAGUUUAAUCUAUUUGAGUUGUUAGCAUUUAUGAUUAACAAUAAAUUAAAUAACAUAAAAUCUGAUCCAUCCAUAUCACAGAUGAUAUCAACUACAUUAUUGAAUGACAUAAUAAAUCAUGAAAAAUCCUUAGAUGCCACAACACAAAUAACUUGUAACAAUACUUUACAUAACCAACCUGUUGACAAUACUACUAUAUCUACUGCUACUGUUACUAACCCUUCUAUUCCUGUACAACCGCCAUCACCAUUACCAGCGACAACAACAAUGACUACUACUAAUACUAUGGUUAAUGACCACAGUAUUAGUAAUAAUGAUCUUUUAUUAUGGUUACAAAACUGUAGUCUACCAGAUGUCGCGAAUCGAAUCGAUACAACACCUAUUGAUAUAACAUUGAAUAAAAUUAUCAAUCCAGUGUUUACAACAGUAAAUAAUCUUGUAAAUAUACCAAAUACCAGUUCAUCAUUACUUAAUAAAAAUAAUGAUCUCACUGUGAAUGAAUCAAUGUCAGAACGUGAUAGUAUAAAUCAUAUCAAAAGUAUCAAUGAAAUUAACAACAAAUGUUUUAUCAAUAAUAACGAUAGUCAUAAUAAUCAACUAGCAAAUUUUAUGAAUUUAUUAAAUUUUCAUAGUCGUCUAUCCACUGAAUAUUCAACAUCGAACUGGUCAAAUGAAAUGCAACUAUACACAGUGAAUAGUUCAAACUAUCCUGGAACUAUAACAACACCAGUAAUAAUUCCUUCUUCUAAUCACUUAUACACUCCGCCAAAAGAAUGUGAAGGUCGUAUAUAUAAUUGUCAGCAAAAUAAUAAGAACAAUAUCGAUAGAGAAAUUAAAAAUACUAUAUCCGCUAAUAGUAGCAAUGAUAAUAUCGACAAAUAUGUUGAUGAAGAUAUGAGUGAUAUUGAAAGUAGUCCAAAGGCAGAUGAUCUUAUGCCACCCAAUUUACGAAUGAACAAUUUUUGGCCAAAUGCAGAUGACUUAGGUACUGAUCAUCAAGCAAAUGAAUUGAAUAACAUUGGGACAGAUGAUGAAAUAGAUUGUAAAAAAGAUUUUAAUUCAAAAUCAUUGUCUAUUCAGUUAUUACGAAGAAAAAAGAAAACACGUACUGUAUUUUCAAGAAAUCAAGUUUAUCGCUUAGAAUCAACAUUUGCUUUGAAACGUUAUUUAUCUAGUUCUGAACGUGUUGGUUUGGCAAGAACAUUACAACUAACUGAAACUCAAGUUAAAAUUUGGUUUCAAAAUCGUCGUAAUAAAUGGAAACGUCAAGUUAAUGUCGACUAUAAGUCAACAAAUGAUAGUAAUUCAGAUGAUAUAAUUUCUUCAAGAUCAACUGGGGUUAUUUUACCAUCAUCGAUGAUAGGAACAACAAAAUUACAGACAUCUGUAACCGAUUUUGAUCCAUCAUCUACUCAUAUUUCUGGAAGCAUUGGACCAACGUUUUCUUUGAAUAAUUUUAUGAAUACAUCAUCAGCGAUCGAAUCAUGGGUAGCUAACAAUUAUAUUCAGUCAAAUGUUAUAAAUCCUAAUUAUCUUCAAAGUAUUAAUAAUAAUAAAAACUUGUUACCACCAUACAGUGAUAAUUACCUUUCAAAGAAUCACAUAAAACUAAAUUCAUAUCCUUUGAAUAAUAUUAACCCACAUAUUACAUCUUCAAGUGAUAAUAUGCAUCCUACAGACCUUAGCAUUUCUUCAUGGUGUCAUGGUAACGCUAAUAUAGACGUUGAUGUAUCUAGUCAUUCACAGAAGUCAUCCAUUUCUCCAUUGUCAUCUUCAUUAUGUGCACCAGCAACUGUGACUCAAGCGUCUAAAGAUACUACUCCCAUUUCUCCUUUUCCUAUUCCUCUUUCUUCUUCUUUAUCAUCAUCUGAUACUUAUCUGUCAACAGGAAUCAAUAUCAAUUCAUACUCAAAUCCAACGUUUGCUGAAUCAAACACUGAUAAUCGAUUAUCUAACUUAGAAACAAUUCUGUUUAAUCAAACUUUAAAUAAAAAUCUUGGUAAUAUCGAUUCAUCAGAUUUAUCAAAUCUACUUGAAGUACAUCGUCGAAUUAUAAAAGAUGAUUCAGAUCAAAGUAAAAUAAUUGCAGCAUUAAAUGCAGUUGCUACAAAUCUUUUAACACGUAUUAUAUAAAAGAAAUAAUCACUAACGAAUCAUUUAAUAAUUCACCAUUUAUUUUAUUAAAAG